CCUGCCUCCCUCACGCUACGUGGUGCCUUCUUGUGGCAAGCUCCCGCCGUCCCCCCCGGCUGCUGCCCAACUCUACUCGCCGCCUUCUCCCUCACUGUCUUUCUUUUUGAUCUCUCCUAAGGAACGCAUCCCUUCGCCCUUUUCCCUUCUCACCAUGUGCGUCUUUUGUACGUUGAACCCGUUCUUGAUCGGCUGAUGCGGUCGAGUCAGGUUCAAGAAACGAGGAUUCGCCCAUGGCGGACUUCCUCCCUCGCUUGAUCUUUGUCGUCUGUGUCGAAUAUGCCGCAUUGAUCGGCUGAUGAGAUCGAGUCGGGUUCAAGAAACGAGGUUUCGCCCAUGAGGAAUGCUUUCCGCGGACUGCUCUUCCAUCAGCGCCGCCGGGGUCUACUCUCCUCUCCGUGUAUCGCCCCGUUGGGCGAUUUCUUGAUUCCUCCUCGACAGGUAGAGGAGUGCUUGCUGAUGAGACCCGCAGCUGGCAUCCGGAUCAGAAGCCCACACUGGGUCGUGCCAUUCCAUUUCGCUCUAAUUCGGCAGUUGUCGACUGGCUAUACGAGUGUCCAUGGCGAGAGGCCGUCUGCGGAGUAUGCGAAGCUGCGGAAGGAGUCGCUGGAGACCGAGUUCGGGCACAUCCUCGGAGCCCAUGGGUCGAAAACAUGGUUUGCUUACCAUCGUUUUGGUCCGUUCUUGGCGUUGUACCGAGCGGCCAUCAUAUCCUUCUACCUGGCGAAACUGACCGUAUGGCAUUUCUUUGUCCGCGACAUACAUAAGCGAGCUGCCAAGUUUCGGAAGACUCUUAUUCGGUUGGGUCCCUUCUAUAUCAAGCUUGGACAAGCGCUUAGCACAAGGCCUGAUAUUUUACCCAGUGCUUAUUGUCAAGAGCUCUCUAAAUUACAGGAUCAAAUACCUCCGUUUUCUACUCGUGUUGCAAUCAAGUCUAUCGAGUCCCAGUUGGGUCUUCCAAUUUGUCAAAUCUUUGCUGAUAUAAGCUCAGAACCCAUUGCAGCAGCCUCCCUAGGACAAGUUUAUAAAGCUCAUCUACAUUCUGGGGAGCUUGUGGCUGUCAAGGUGCAGAGACCUGGUAUGGGACUCUUUCUGACUCUUGAUGCACUAUUGUUUCAUAUGAUUGGAGGGCAACUGAAACGAUUUGCUAAAGCUCGCAAAGAUCUGUUGGUAGCUGUUAAUGAGCUGGUGAGGCACAUGUUUGAUGAAAUUGAUUACAUCCUGGAAGCACAACAUGCUGAAAAAUUUGCUUCUCUUUAUGCAUCUAUCCCGAGAUCAGGAUCUUGUGUCAAGGUUCCAAAGAUCUACUGGAAUUUCACACGGAAAGCUGUGCUUACAAUGGAAUGGAUUGAUGGUAUCAAACUAACAGAUGCCCGUCGAAUAAGUGAAGCUAGUUUGAACAAAAAACAAUUAAUCGAUCAGGGACUUUAUUGUUCUUUAAGGCAACUACUUGAAGAAGGCUUCUUUCAUGCUGACCCACAUCCAGGAAAUCUUGUGGCUACUGAUGAUGGAUCUCUAGCAUAUUUUGACUUUGGUAUGAUGGGUGAUAUACCCUGGCAUUAUCGUGUCGGGCUUAUUCGAAUGCUUGUACACUAUGUUAAUCGUGACUCGUCAGGCUUAGCGAAUGAUUUCCUUUCGCUUGGAUUCAUUCCUGAUGGAACAGAUAUACAGUUGGUUGCAGAUGCAUUACAUGCAUCCUUCGGUGACGGUUCCAGGCAAUCAAAUGAUUUUCAGGGGAUAAUGGAUCAAUUAUAUGCUGUAAUGUAUGAGUUCAACUUCUAUCUACCACCUGACUAUGCAUUGGUUAUAAGGGCAUUGGGAUCGUUGGAAGGAACUGCAAAAGCAUUGGAUCCUGAUUUCAAAGUUGUAGAAAGUGCGUAUCCUUUUGUCAUCGGGAGACUUCUUGCAGACCCGAAUCCCGAUAUGAGGAAAAUACUAAGGGAACUGAUUAUACGUAGCAAUGGUUCAAUACGCUGGAAUCGGCUUGAACGUUUGAUAGCGGCUAUCUCUGAACAGUCAUCUGAGUCAGCAAAUGAAACUCCUCUGACAUGGAAAACUUUUGACAUGCGUUCAGUUGUUGCUGCUACAGAAGAUUUGUUUUGUUUUAUUUUGUCAGAAAAAGGUUGGAGGGUUCGUGUUUUUCUCAUUCAAGAUAUUGUCAAAGCUGCUGAUGCUUUUCUGGAAGAAGAAGCUUUGCCAUGUAUAUGUAACAAGCCAGAGGCAAAAGAAAGAUUUGAUACGGAGAGUGAUGCUCUAGUCAUGAGAUUGGUCAAUGGGUUCCGGUCGUUACAACAAGCUAUUAGUUUUGCACCGGAGGUAUGGACUGCAAUGUUUCUUCGAACACUAUUGAAGUCUGAUACCCAUAGAUUUCUUCUUGAUAUAUUUUUAUCACUGGCAGUUUAUUCUCGCAACAAGAUGCCAGAAACAUUCUUUCUUUGUAUAUCUAGGCUUCUUCAUUUGUUGGAGAAGGGAUAUAAUUUUCAAGAAGAUACAUAAGUUAUUUUAAUCAUUCAAUUUUUAGUGAAUAACACAGAAGAAAAGGCUCACACUAACAACGUCAGUAAGUGUUAGAAGAAACCUCUAGUCACCAUCAUAUCUUGAUGACUUUUGUUAACACCAAGCACACGGGGCUUGUGCCAUUGACUGAUAUGA